AUGAAUACAUCACUGCCAACAUCAAAUGCUACAAUAGCUAAAAAUGAUUGCUUUCAUUUAUCCAUUGCUGAACGUCGACUACGAAAUCGUAGCUUAUCAAGCUUACUCUGGACACCACCACUCUAUCCGGGUUAUUCAGCAAAACUUGACAAAUCUUUCAAAUCUAACUUUUGUCAGCAAUCAGUGUGGAAAUCUACAGCAUCCGAAAUAGCAACAUCAUCAAAUCUGCUACCAUCUAAUCCUGUAACCAAUAUAAAUUGUUAUCCUUCUUCAAUUCAAAAUGUCAUCGAAGCACCAUACCCAUUUAAGCAUCCAUCACAACAACAGCCGGUAGAAAAUGAGGAUAUAAGCUGGAACAGUUCGAAGCAAUAUACAAAUUCGAAGGAAUCAUCCGGUUAUGGUUCCGGAACAUCUGAGUCAGAUCUGGAAAAUGAACAACAAUCGAAAAAGAUUUUACAAACAAUAACCGUCUCUUCUAAAACAAUUAAUAACAAUCACUCUUUUACGAAUACAACAAUGAGUGAUAAUUACAGUGAUAUUUUUAAACAACAGAAAGUUGAAUUUGCUGCUGAACGUGCAACAACACGUACGCCAAUAAGGCAACAACGUAAUCGUCAGCAUACGUUGGAAAAGAAUAGAAGACGAAGUGUUCCUGCUAAUCUUCGUAAUGCUUUUACAGAUGAAAUAGUGCGCGUACUGGAAAUUAACGGUGUAUUUCAGUAUGAAACAGAUGCAGAUACCGGUAUACGGCGACCAAUAGUACGUGAACAAAGUAUUAAUCGACCGGAAUCAGUUAUUCAACUUGCACGAAAAUUUGCUGAAGCAAGCGCUGCACAAGAUAAACGAAUUUACAUAUCAAAUCAAAAAUUACUAGCAAGCGGACAAAAUCUAGUACCAACAACAACAACAACCACGGAUUCAUCGCUGGUAACCAAUAAUUCAACUCAAAAAGAAAUCAAUUCUCAUCAUCACAAUCAUUCUCAUUUGCUCGAUACCUUUAACAAGAAACCAGGUGGAAUUGCUUGUCUAUUUCAUUUGAAGCUUCCGAUCAUGAAUAUGUCCUUUUUUUGA